UUUACGCAUUAUUUCUUUUUCCUCCAUAUUAUAUAUUUUAUCUUUUUCAUUCAUUCAUUCAUUCAUAAUAUAACCUUUUUCAAAAUAGUAAACGUAUAAACGUGAUAAUAUAUAAAACGUUAUUUAAAAAACAAUAAUAAUAAAAUUUUUUUACAAUAAUGGAUAAAUAUUUACGGGAAGAUUUUGAUGGUGAUAAAAGACAUUCUCGAGCCAGUAAAAAUUAUUCUACAAGUAAAAAUAAACGUGAUGAUGAAAAAAGACAUUCGAGUAGUUUAAAAUCAUCAAAAAAUCAAAGAAAUCGUAACGAAAGUGUAACAAAACAAUUUAAACAUGAGGAUUCUUCUUCAAGGUCAUCAAAUAAAAAACAUUCAAAACACAAAAAGAGAAAAAGAUCGUCUUCAUCUUCGUCAUCUUCUUCAUCUUCCUCAUUGUCAUCGUCAAAUUCAUCAGGUGACUCGAUAAAAUUGAUGAAAAAACUGGAACAGCAGCGUCUGAAGCAAUUAGAAGAGCGUCGUCGUAAAAAAGAACUGUUGAAAGCAACAGAAACACCAGAAGAGAAGCGACUGCGUCGGUUAAAAAAAAAAGAAGCUAAAGAACGUAAGCGAAAACAAAGGAUGGGCUGGGAUAACGAUUAUCUUCAUUAUACAAAUACAGACAAUCCGUUUGGUGACGGUAAUCUUCUUACUAGCUUUGUCUGGAAUAAAAAAAUGAAAAAAGACGGCCUCGAGGGCGUGACACGGGAAGAAUUGGAGCUGAGAAAUCGACAAAAGCAAGAGGAAAAUAAACGUGAGCUUGAAAAAGUUAAAAAACGUAGGCAGGAACGUGAAUUGGAACGUCAACAGCGUGAAGAAGAAAUGAAUAUGAUGCAAAGGGGUAAAGAAGCUGCUCAAAUGGAGCAAUGGAAGCACCAAGAGGACGAAUUUCAUCUUAAACAAGCACGUUUAAGAUCACAAAUACGAAUUAACGCUGGUCGUGCUGAACCAAUUGAUCUAUUGGCUAAAUAUAUUUCAACUGAAGAAAACGAGGAAGACGAUGAUGUCGAGAUGUAUGAGCCUUACAGUUAUCUUCGUGGAUUAGAGAUAAAAGACUUUGAAAAUCUUCUUGCAGAUAUUAAAACGUGGAAAACAUUGGAACGUGGUAAAAAUUCGGAUUACUGGAAUGAUAUUACUGUUAUUGUUCAAGAUGAAAUGCAUAAAUUAAGAAAAAUUGAUAAAUCAGAGUGUGAAGCCGCAAUGGGACGUCGUGAGGGAAUAAACGAGGCCGUUGCCCAAGACAUUACCGGAGUAUUUAAAGGAAAAUCUGCAAAACAACUUGAGACAAUGCAGCUACAAAUUGAAAAAAAAAUAUCUGGUAAUCCUGAGGGUGUUGAUAUCGGAUACUGGGAGAGUCUUUUGUCACAGCUUAAAGCUCAUAUGGCGCGUGCUAGACUUCGAGAUCGACAUCAAGAAAAUCUUAAAAAGAAACUUGAUAUUCUCAUUGCUAAACAAGGUGUUGCCAAAAGUCAAUCCGAUAACAACAAAAAUAAUAAUAAUAAUAAUCAUUAUCAUAAUCAAGAUGAACAAUUAAAUAAAAAUCCCGGUACCAGCCAUAGUUCUAAUAGUAAUGAUAAUGAUAAAAAAGUGGAUAAUAAGAUACCUGAUGAAGAAAAUAGUGAUCACCAGGAGGAGGAGGAGGAGGAGGAGAAGGAGAAGGAGAAGGCUAAUGAUCAUGAGGAGCAUCAAUUACUUGAUGAAUAUUUCAACGAGUAUGAUGCUGGCGGUUAUUCACCAAAGUAUAUCUCUCCAGGACAGCUCGAACCAGGAACUCUUGUUACCUUACAAGCUGACGAUAAUCAACGACUUGAAUUUGCAAGACAUCAGGUAUUAAAAACAGGAAGAAAAGUUCAAAGUGUUUUAUCUCUUGAGGAACAGGCGAUGCAUCGUGAAGCUAGAAAAAAUAUGGGUGAUGAUGAAGCUCAAUUCAGUGUCGAGUCAUCUUUAGAAGCACAAAUUUACUUGUGGUCUGAUAAAUACCGACCGAGGAAGCCUCGGUACUUUAAUCGAGUUCACACUGGAUUUGAAUGGAACAAGUACAAUCAAACACACUAUGAUAUGGACAAUCCUCCUCCGAAAAUAGUUCAGGGAUAUAAAUUUAACAUAUUUUAUCCGGAUUUAAUUGACAAAAGUACCACUCCAAUCUAUUCUUUAAUUCCCUGUGGUGACAAUAAGGACUUUGCAAUUCUUAAAUUUCACGCUGGUCCUCCCUACGAGGAUAUUGCCUUUAAAAUAGUUAACAGAGAGUGGGAAUAUUCUUACAAACGUGGUUUUAGAUGCCACUUUCACAAUAAUAUAUUUCAAUUGUGGUUCCAUUUUAAAAGAUACCGUUAUAGACGAUAGAUUUACUUACUUAUUUACAUUUCAUUUACAAUUAAAUUAGGUAAUGUAAAAAUAAAUUAUAAUAAAUAACAC